UGCAGCGUCUGGCAGACAGUGCCAUUGACCUCUACACCAUGGUGGUAGUGCUGUCCAGGGCCUCGAGAUCCCUGAGCGAGGGCCACCCUACAGCCCAGCACGAGAAGAUGCUCUGCGACAGCUGGUGUAUCGAGGCGGCCGCGCGGGUCCGGGAGACCAUGACCGCUCUGCAGUCUGACCCGCAGCAACAGGAGCUCUUCCGGAACUUCAAAAGCAUCUCCACGGCCUUGGUGGAGCGAGGCGGUGUGGUCACCAGCAACCCCCUUGGCUUCUGAGGACUCCCCGCCACCUGCCCGCCGGCCCCCCCUGUGCCUUCUCCCAAGCCAAAGCCCAGCCCCCUCGUUCUGCCUUAAGGAGGGCCUGGCCCCCGGGCGGCGGCUGCUCUCGGAGGCCCACUGCCUGCCUCACAAGUAAAGGUUCUCACCAGCCGUGCCUCGCUGCUGCCUCAGUUCUCUCCCUCACUGCCUGCCUCCCUCCCAAAGAAAGGAGCCAGAGGCGUGCGCAGUUGGCCUCUAUUGCU